GCAAAUUCAAAUCAAAACACUCAAAAAUUGACAAAUUAGUCAAAAUAUAAAAUAUAUUUUUAUUAAAAACAAUUAUGAAUUGUUUAACAAAAAUAAAGAUGUAAGAAGAGACACCAAGGGCAGAAAGGCAUGCUACUUCGAUCGAUUAGAAGUUUUCAUUUUCAUAAAGUAUUCGACAAGGCGAAAUUAUACAAGGCCAGAAAACUUAUUGGUUUCUCUGAUAACCAAAUGUACACUGUAGUAGCUGAUAUAAAGCAUUACAAACAGUUCCUGCCAUUUUGCACAAAGUCUACUAUACUAGAAACCAAAGGCAAUAUUGUACACGCCAAUCUUGAAAUCGGUUUUCCUCCUGUAGUGGAAAACUAUACUUCCAAAGUGACUUUAAUAAAACCGAGACUAGUGAAAGCCCAAUGCAACGAUGGACGUUUAUUUAACUAUCUAGAAACAACAUGGAAAUUCGCUCCAGGGCUCGACAGUAAUCCCAAUUCUUGUCUUAUAGAUUUUUAUGUUAAAUUUGAAUUCAAAUCUUUUAUUCACUCACAAUUGGCUAGUAUGUUUUUUGAUCGAUUAGUUAAACAAAUGGAAGUCGCAUUUGUUAAUGAAGCUAGGAGGCGGUAUGGAAAUGAAUCAAUUACUAGUCAGAUAUUGAACAGGGAAAUUAGUUAAAUUAUUUUGUUAAGGACAUUUUAUUUUAUAAAUCUAAUAUAUGCAUCUAUUUUUUUAAAACUUGUUUACUUCGGCUUUUUUUUCAGAAAUCAACUGACUAGAAAAUAAGAGAAUAAAUA